AUGCUGCCAGAAGGCCAGGACGUUGGCGCCUCGACGCGCUCACUGCAUGCAGACGAUGUGCUAAAUGUCGUCACUGAUGUUGCGCCUCCUAUUCAUGUUGCGACCACCUUCCGCUAUUCCGAUGACCCGGCCAAGUUGAUGCCGGCGGCAGAUCUCAAUGGGAGGUUAACCGCGCAGACCCUCGAGGAGCAAUCGUCAUAUAUCUACUCGCGUCUCACUGCGCCAACUACUACCCGAUUCGAAGCCAUUCUUUCGUCUCUCCUCAACGGCCAAACCAUCAGUUACUCAUCGGGGCUGUCGGCAUUCCAUGCGGCUCUCACCCUUCUAAACCCUCGUAGGAUCUCGAUCGGCAAAGGAUAUCAUGGAUGCCACGGUGUGAUUGACAUUUUCAACCGUCUGAAUGGACUUCAGAAGCUGGAUUUGGAUUGCCCAGCCGAACAGCUGGAGGCUGGGGAUGUCAUACACUUGGAAACUCCAGUCAAUCCUGAGGGGACCUCUUUCAAUAUUGAGCAAUAUGCCAAGAAAGCACACUCUCGAGGAGCUUAUCUGAUAGUUGACGGAACUUUUGCCCCGCCGCCUCUGCAAGACCCGUUCAAAUUUGGUGCUGACCUGGUGCUGCACUCUGGAUCCAAAUACUUUGGAGGGCACAGCGAUGUCUUGUGCGGAGUUCUGGCCACGCAGAACAAGGACUGGGCGCAGCAAUUGCUCAGAGACCGCGUUUUCCUUGGUGGUGUCAUGGGCAAUCUGGAGGGCUGGCUCGGCGUCCGGAGUUUGCGGACUCUGGAGGUUCGUGUGCAACGGCUGAGCCAGAACGCAACGAAUUUGGUCUUGUGGCUUCACAACGCGCUGCAGACUCCAAGCCCCGCACCCGGCAGCGAUGAAGAGGCGACGCAGAAAGUGCUGGAGCAGGUUUUCCACUCCAGCCUUCAAAAGGACGACGAGUCCUGGCUCCUGAAGCAGAUGCCGAACGGGUUCGGGCCUGUCUUCUCGAUCACCAUGAGAGAAGAAGACUAUGCGCGCCACUUGCCAAGCAAGCUUGCCCUGUUCCAGCACGCGACCAGUCUGGGUGGCGUAGAGUCGUUGAUUGAAUGGCGGACAAUGUCGGACAAGACGGUGGACCGACGGUUGCUGCGAGUUAGCAUUGGGUUGGAGAACUGGGAGGAUUUGAAGCGGGAUCUGGUGAAUGCUUUUAGAGCACUGGUUUAGAUACACCUAUA